GAUUCAGGCUGCCACUUGAGCACUUGUGACUACUAUAAAUAGAAGCCACUAACUACUUCCCUCUCAAACUCAUCAACAACAGCUCACCAAUCCCAUUUCUGCAGCCUCUUCUUCACCCUCUGAAAUCUCUUCUCAAAUCCUAAAGACAUGGCAACCGACGGACUUGCCCGCCCACUCAAACAUGUCCGUCCAAUUCCUCCGCCUCUUCCUCUCUCAAAAGACACCGUCAACCUCAUUUGUGUGUCGGAAAAUUCUCACUUGUCAGCCCCUCUACACUGGAAGAAAGCUGCAGAGGCACUCGAAUGCACCCAUUUCGAUGAAGUCUGCCGCAUGGUGUCCCAAUUUUCAAAGUUGCAAACCGUCGACAUCCAGGGCACCUCCCUCACUGUUGCUCAGGUCACUGCAAUCGCUCGCCGCAGUGAAGUCAAGGUUAACCUCGAUGAAGCCACGGCGCGUGAACGUGUCGCCAAAAGCGCCAACUGGGUUGCCGAAAACAUCUCCCGUGGAACAGACACCUACGGUGUUACCACUGGGUUUGGAGCCACGUCACACCGGCGCACCAGCAAAACUACCGACCUCCAGACAGAGCUUAUACGGUUCCUUAAUGCCGGAGUGAUCGGGAAAGAGAGUCUUCCGUCCACUUAUUCAAAGGUAGCUAUGCUCGUUCGCGCAAACACACUGAUGCAGGGCUAUUCCGGUAUUCGAUGGGAGGUACUCGAAGGCAUGGCCAAACUGAUGAACAAAAAUUUGAUCCCGAAGCUGCCCCUAAGGGGGACUAUCACUGCUUCGGGGGAUCUUGUACCGCUUUCUUACAUUGCUGGUUUAUUGACUGGCCGCCAUAAUUCCAAAGUGGUCACCCCUGAAAAUGAAGAAAUCACAGCCUUGGAAGCUCUCAAGAGGGCAGGAAUUCCAGCUCCUUUCGAGCUCCAAGCAAAGGAGGGCUUAGCUCUUGUAAAUGGGACGGCUGUUGGCUCGGCUGUGGCUGCAACGGUUUGUUUUGAUGCCAACGUUUUGGCUCUGUUUGCAGAAGUUCUCUCUGCUUUCUUCUGCGAAGUCAUGGUCGGCAAGCCCGAGUUCACAGACCCAUUGACGCAUGAGCUCAAGCACCAUCCUGGCCAGAUUGAAGCAGCUGCUAUCAUGGAGUACCUUUUGGAUGAGAGCGACUACAUGAAGGAAGCAAAUCUUCGUCACGAGAAAGACCCAUUGUCAAAGCCAAAACAGGACAGGUAUGCACUCAGAACCUCUCCCCAAUGGCUCGGACCCCAAAUUGAAGUUAUUCGCAUGGCAACGCAUUCAAUUGAAAGGGAAAUCAAUUCUGUGAAUGACAACCCAUUGAUCGAUGUUGCUCGAGAUAUUGCUCUCCAUGGAGGGAAUUUCCAGGGUACGCCAAUCGGUGUCUCCAUGGACAAUCUCCGCAUUGCCGUUGCAGCAAUUGGGAAACUCAUGUUUGCUCAGUUCUCUGAGCUCGUAUGUGACUACUACAACAAUGGGUUGCCUUCCAAUUUGAGCGGCGGGCCUAAUCCAAGCUUGGAUUAUGGGUUCAAAGGGGCAGAGAUAGCCAUGGCUGCAUACUGCUCUGAGCUUCAGUACCUGGCCAACCCUGUCACAACACACGUACAGAGUGCUGAACAACACAAUCAAGAUGUAAAUUCUCUGGGUUUGAUUUCAGCCAGAAAGAGUGCAGAAGCCAUUGAGAUCCUGAAGCUUAUGUCUGCCACAUACAUGGUGGCGCUUUGCCAGGCAGUUGAUCUGAGACAUCUGGAAGAGAACAUGAGGGAGGUUGUCAAACAUGUCGUCCUCCAAGUUGUGAGGAAGACCCUUUACACUGCUGAAGAUGGAUCGCUGCUUGAAUCCCGCUUCUGCGAGAAAGAAUUGUUGCAGGUAAUUGAACACCUGCCGGUAUUCUCUUAUCUGGACGACCCCACAAAUCCCUCUUAUGCCCUCUUGUCCCAACUGCGAGAAGUGCUUGUAGAGAAAGCACUGGAAGAUCCUUCAAAGGGUGAAAAUGGAAAUGACGAGGGCUUCUCAAUCUUCAAGCGGAUUCCAGUAUUCCUAGACGAACUGAAAGCAAGGCUUGGAGAGGAGGUAACGAAAGCGCGGGAGAGAUUUGAGAAAGGAGAUUUUCCGGUGGCGAACAGAAUAAAGAAAUGCAGGACAUAUCCGAUAUAUCGGUUAGUGAGGAGUGAAGUGGGGACAGAGCUGCUAAGCGGAGCGAAGAAGGUGAGUCCAGGGGAGGAUAUAGAGAAGGUAUAUGAGGCGAUCAAUGGAGGGAAAUUGGGAGAUGUGGUGGUGAAGUGCUUGACAAAUUGGAAAGGGUGUGCUGGUCCAUUCACUCCAAGGCCUCUGUCGUUGUCUUCUCCAAUGCAAUGUAAUCCUGAGUAUUGGGGUUGGUUUGAGAAGGUUAGAUCUCCUAGAGUUCCAACUCCUACCAGUGGCGGCCGCGGAGGAGCCUUUUGAUGUCCUUGACUGCUUGUUUCUCUUCUUCUUCUUUUGAAACGCUUGUAUGAGAUUACGAUUUAGUCCCCAACAUUUCUGUUGUAAACAUCGAUCCUAAAAUCACAUUAAAUAUUUUUUGCCUUUCAAU